UUCCAGCCUUGAGGGGUUGCCAUGCACCUGUGGGUAUAUAAGAGAGCAGAGCUCAUUCAGAAAAUAAGAGAGAACAAGACAGAGAGAGAGAGAGAGAUCCAUUCACACACGCCAGGAGAAAAAAAGUGCAAACCGAGAGCAGUGGAGGUGAGCUUGAUAAGAGCUGGAGAUCCAAAGAAGAGCCAAAACAGGAGAUUCAGAACCGCAGAACUCAUCUAUAAAUACAGAAAGAUGCUCUGUUCUUCCUGGCUUUUGGCUGCAGCUGUCUUGUGUUUUCACAGUCAGUAUGUAGACGGCCACUGCUUGGAUUUGACAGACUGCAUGGGCCUUAAAACUAAUGAACAAAAAUUGCAGUGUAUCAGGCAGUGCAGAUAUCCUCAAGAAUCCCCCAAUUACGGGAGAGUAUCUUCAUCUGAACAACAGAACAAUGAUGAAGAGGUUGAAGAAGAGAGCCUCAGUUUGGGUUUGCUCUUAUCAGCUCUGUCUCCUGAUUCAACCGAGCUCCAAGAUGCCACCGGAGAAGCCCCUCACAACGACGAGAGGAGGUCUUACUCCAUGGAGCACUUCCGCUGGGGCAAACCCAUGGGGCGCAAACGCAGACCCGUCAAAGUAUUCACCAACGGCGCUCUGGAGGAGGACGAGCCAGAGGAGUCGGUGGAAAACGUCCGGGUGGAGCGAGGGCAGAGCGGCACGCUUAAGGUUCAGCAGAGGAACAAUGCAAAGACCAACGGGAAGUAUCGCAUGACCCAUUUCCGCUGGAACGCCCCACCUGACAAGCGCUACGGAGGCUUCAUGAGGCCGUAUUCGGAUCAAUCCAACAAGCCCCUGCUCACGCUCAUACGAAACGUCAUUGCUAAAGACGGACAGCAGUUCAGAGAUUAAGAGAGGAGAGAAUGGACAGAAUAACUGGUGUCAAGACACUUAAAUGUGUAAAAUACAACUUUAAUUUUAAAAAAGCUUCCUCUGAACCAGGGCAUGACAUAGGGUCCUUUGGAAAAAAGAGAGAGAAACAAAGUAGCCAAAUCACUUACAUAUAAAGUCAGGGUAUAUCACAUGACUAUGAAAGCCUAUUACUUCAUAUUCUCAAUUCAUUUUGAUGCCUGACACCAUAACAAUCAUCUCUGGGAUUUGAAAAGAAACCAGGUAUAUGUCUACCUGAGAUUUACUGUAAUAUACUGUACAUGACAUACAUUAAAAUGAAUUUGCAAUGUU